GCUGGUUGUGACAUCAGCGCCAUUUUGCCUGAGUGUUGUGAUGGAAGCAGCGAGAAAAUCAGAAUCCGACAGAAAACCACCAAAAUUCAGACUCGAAGCAGACAAAUUCAGACCAGAGGGAGCCGAUUCGCUGAAUCGGACUGAAUCGCGUCGAGAAUCGAGCCGAAUCUGGACGCGCGUCGUUCAGAACCCGAGCGGUCUGCGAUAAUAGGUUUGAUUUUCACUAAAACACUUCAGCUCAAGAUUACAUUCAGACUCAUUUCACACACGUAUAUGACUCUGGAGCACAGAACAGUCAUCAGCGGCUCGUACACAACACUAUACGGUCUAGAUCAUGUGACGCUUCCCGUCCCUCAUCACCAUGACAGAUUCCCGUGCGUCCCUGGCUCCGUCUGGACUCUGAUCAGCACCGUCCAUUAUGAUUUAUGGGCUGAUUCCUCAGGAGUUACACGCACAGCUCCUGGACCACCAGAACUAUCAGAACCGGACGAGCGGGGUGGAGGAGCUGAAGAACGUCCUCCUGGAGCUGGAUCUCCAGCAGGUCUCCUCCGGCGGCAUCACAGAGUUCAUCCAGUUCUUACGCAAGCUCCUGGACGACAGCAACUUCAAGGUGCUGUACGGCGCGCUGCAGCUCAUCAACCUGCUGGUGGAGAAGCUGGACCGCGAUGUGGAGCGCUAUUAUAAGGAGAUUGUGGGCGUGACGGUGCGGGCGCUGGGCGACUCGAGGAGCAUCACGCGGCACGAGUACAUGAACGUCUUCAGGCAGCUGAUGAGGAUGGUGGGGCCGCAGAAGGUUCUGGACCUGGUGGUGGCUCAGCUCAAGCACAGGAACUCCAGGGUUCGAGAGGACGCCGUUAACAUCAUCACGGCGGCCAUGCUCACGCAUCCGCGGAAGGACUUCGACAUCCCCGGCCUGUGCUCAGAAGCAGCCCCCACGCUCGCCGACAGCAAGAAGAAGGUGCGUCACGCCGCUCUGGAGCUCUUCGCCGUCCUCGACUACUGUCUGGACACGGGUAAGAAGCAGCCGCUCACGAAGGCUGUGGAUGGAGUGGAGCUGGCCGCACACGCCGAGGGUCUGAUGGCUGCGGUGCAGGCUCGGAGAGCACGACACAUUCUCCCCCGGCUCUCCACCGACGGCACCGUCGAGUACGCCCUCGUCCUCCCCAGACCGGGACAGAGACGGGCCCCUCAGCUGGGCUCCGGGGCCGAUCUGGACUGGGUUCUGAACGGAGGCCGGGUUCACAGCUCGCGCUCGGACCUGGAUCUGACCGAUAGCACGCCUCAGCAGAGGAGGAUGGUGAGCGCCGGGAAAGGAAAGAACAAACUGCCCUGGGAGAGAUCGGCCCUCUCUGAGGAGCUCCAGACCAAUGGAAAGUCACCUGAUCGGCAGGUUAGCGCCGAAGAUCCGUCCUCAUCCACGAGACUCCGUCAGGACGCAGGAGUCAAAUACAGUCCUUCAGAACCUCUGCUGUCUCCGGGCCGGACCCGCGGGGCUCUGGGUCGACUGCGACGCAGCGGGAGUUUAGACUCAGAUCCAGACAUUUUCAAAGCGGCCAAUCCCUCCGAGUCUGACAAAGGUUUGCCCAAGACGAGUCGUUUUCUGUCGGGGAGCGUUGAGCGGACCUUCUCCCUCCCGACUAACUCCACACCUCCGGGCUCGUUCCUGCUGCCCUCGUACCCGCUGACCGCACUGACCGGGAGUCUGCUGACCCCGACCUUACCUCGCAGACAGCACGCUGACCCCUCGCUGUCCAUGUCCAACACGUGGCCCAACAAGCGUGACGCCAGCCCUCAUCUCAGGAGCGACGGCUCAGGUGAGGUGAGCUCCAGGAAACGCUCUCCACUUCCUCCUCGAGCUGUUAGGACCUCGUCCGUCCGUCAGAGUCCAGACACCAGAAACCUGCACCUGGAUCUGACGGUCAGCAGCGGAGCAGGAGAACCAGAGGACGAGCCGCUGGACCGCGAGGAGAUGCUGAACUCCUUACGCUCGUUGAGGAACAGCGCGGCUAAGAAGCGUGCUAAAGUUAGCGCGAGCAGCUCCGAGCCGGAUCCAGACAGUCCGGACUCUGCGGUGAAGCUGGAGCUGGUUCCUGACUCUCCGGAGCAGACGUCUCCGUCCGUCACCAGCCCUCUGAGCGAGAGCGGCCUGAGCAGCCUGUACUCGCCCCCGUCGCCCGGCGGAACCAAGAGCAGCCCCGUGAGCUCUGCUGUGAAUCCUCGAGCGUCCUCAGGAAGACACGUCACGGCAGACGCCGGCACUCAAGGUGUGACGCAGCAGGAGAAGAGUCUGUCUGAUGGGUGUGUGAUCGGUCAGAGACUCGUUUACUCGAACAGAGCGCUAGAUCCAGACGAAGAGAAGACCGGCGACGUGACCUUAUCAUCUUCAUCAUCAUCCUCAUCACCACAGAUCCGAGCCGCUGGACGUGAGCCGCUCCGGGCUCUCAGACCCGCUAAACGUUCUCAGCAGUCGUGUGCUCGGGACAUGUCGGAGGGCGUGAUCGGACGAGGAGUGUUCGGGUCGGUGGUUCUGCCCAGUCGUCUCGGUGUGGCGUCUUCUCCGGAGCAGGGCGACUCUGCCGGUAGAAGCGGGCGCGAUCCUCCUCCGGCCGUGUACGGUCACGCCUUCACCGGCACGCUUACAGAGUCUGACGCCAGUCCAGAACCGGACGAGCUGCCGGUCACUCAGAUGAUCUGUGUCUUACAGGAGAGAGUCAGACUCUCCAGGUUUACAAGCGACAAGAUGCGUCAGCGGCGUCUCGAGCAGCAGGACACGCCCCCGGAUGAUGUGAAAGAUGCGAGUCUGAACGGAUGCGAGCCGUUCUCCGACGAUUCUCCCUCCAGUCCGAAUGGACCACGGAAUCUAGUGAAAAGUAUAAGCCCCGCCCAUCAGCCCGCCCCUCCGACCAGCCCACCCAAUAGGAAUGCAGCGCCACGACUGAGACGAGUGUCUAGUCUGAACCGGACCAGACCGACUGUGUCUCACAUCUCCGAUGAGUUGAUUACCGGCAGUCUGAAGAAAGAGGCUCAGGAUCAGGCAGACCUGCGUCCGUUCUCUAAACCGGAGCUGGCGCUGACGCAGAGCUUCAGACUGAUCGCCUCAGACGACUGGGAGAAGAAGAUCGAGGGGAUGAACUUCCUGCGCAGCUUGGCUCAGUAUCACCCGGAUGUCCUCCUGAGCAGGAUUCAUGACGUGUGUCUCGCUGCGGUUCAGGAGGUUCGUAACCUGCGCUCCGGCGUGUCUCGGGUGGCUGUGGUGACGCUGGGGGAGAUGUUCGCCGCGCUGCAGAAGGGAAUGGAUCAGGAGCUGGACGGGACGGUCCGAGCUCUGCUGCAUAAAGCUGGAGAAUCCAACACCUUCAUCAGACUGGAUGUGGAGCGAGCGCUGGACAGCAUGGUGCAGAACUGUACUGUUACACGAGCCAUGAGCGCUCUGCUGGCCGGGGGACUCGGUCAUCUGAACUCAGUAGUGCGUAAGUGUGCAGCUCAUCACCUGAGCUCUCUGGUGGAGCGGGCCGGAGCCGCCCGUCUGCUGUCCGGAGCCAAAGACCUGACCGAGCGCAUCCUGCCGGCCGUCUGUAAGCUGGUGCAGGACUCGUCUCAGGAGGCCAGGUUCUACGGCCGACGGAUGCUGCUCUUUCUGUCCUCUCACCGUGACUUUGAUAAGAUGUUGGAGAGGUUCGUCCCGCCCAAAGACCUGCCGAGCAUCAGAGACACCGUCUUCAGUCUCAAAACCAAGGGUCUGGGUGAGAUGCCCCAGGACGCUCCCUCUGCUCGGGGCCGCCGCUCUCUCCCGGGCAGUGGUCUGGUCCGGACCUCGUCCCUCACUCGUGAGCCUCUGGCCGGCAGCAGGGACUGUGGGCAGGCGGUCAGUAAAGCGUCCGUUCACAGCCUGGCUGACCGCAGCGAGUACGUCAAACAGAUGAAGACGCUGCUCAACUCCAAAGACUUCAGGGAGAGGAUGAAGGCCAUCGAUCAGCUGGUGUGUGACUGUGAGGAGAACCCUGCUCUGGUCGUCAGCAGCCUGUUCCCGGUGUUUGACGCUCUCAAGGCUCGUCUGCAGGAGUCUAACAGUAAGGUGAACCUGCGGGCCCUGGAGGCCCUUCAGAGCAUCGUGGCUCUGCUCAGAGACGCUCUGGCCCCGGUGCUGAAUCUCCUGAUCCCCGCCGUCGUGGAUAAUCACCUGAACUCUAAGAACAGCAGCAUCUCGGGCGCAGCGCUGGGGGCCGUUCAGGCUCUGAUGCACAACGUCGACAACAGUCUCCUGCUGCAGCCCUUCUGCUCUAAAGCCCAGUAUCUGAGCGGGAGAGCCAAGCUGGAGCUCAUCGAGAGAGUCGCAGAGCUGGUGACGGAGCUGUAUCCUCGCAAGCCUCAGCUGGUGGAGCAGAAGGUCCUCCCGCUCUUCUGGACCCUGCUCAGCUCGUCCGGGAGCGGAGGAAUCGUCCGGCCGGCCGCAGCCAAGCUGGCCGACGCUCUGCACGCUCACAUGGGCCGGACGCUGCUGGAGAACGCCGCCGCAUCGCAGCCCGCAAACAUACAGAGUGACCUGAACGAGCUCCUGAGAGCCGCCCCAUCCUCCUGGACACAGAGCCACAGUGCCUGACUGACCUCACACACACACACACACACACGUAUCAAUAAACCCUCGGUCAGUCUGACGCUGGAGACUCCACACUGACCCUUACAGACACGAUCACUCCCAUCUAGUUUUGUACCGUGUGUUCUGACGUUUCUACCAGACGUGAGUGAGUGUGUGCAGAUUUACACCAGACUUUUGUACUGUAUAAUAGCGCAGUAUUAGUUGUAUGGAUGCUGUGUGUUGUUGCUGCUAUAUAUAUAUA